AUGACUCGAACGAACACCGCAGCAUACUCCGAGAACCCCCCAACACCAGCAAAUGAUAUCGCGCGCCGUGUCUCCAUCAAGCCAAGUGUUUCGGGGCCAAGGACUAUGCAUCGCAGGGGAGAGGGUGAUAUGGCCAGGAUUGCCUCAGGAUCUCCCAACACGAUGAAUUUUCAAGCUCCCAGUCGCUCGCUCGCUAUGGUUCUCGAGACUCAGGAGAUAGAACACGACUCGUACUUCUCUUUUCCGCCAGCCUUUCCACCUCUCGGCUCGGAUACGAGCGCUAUACGACGGCGUCGUUCUACGAAGGAACUGAUACAUCAGUUUGAGGCGUUGGACUCGUAUCAAACCUCGGCCGUUGUAUCUAGGACAUCGAUGUCGCGUGGGGCGAAGCGGUCAAGGGAACUUUCCCCUCCGCGCGUAGAGAAAGUGGAGAAGAAGAGAUCGCCGCUGCGUCAGUCGUUGAAGAAUUUUCUCUCUGUCUUCAGUAAGAGGGGAAAGGCGUCAAGCAAGGACAGUGUCGACAUUUCUUCAAGGUCACCUCGUGUUGUACUGUUCCCUCACUCGGAGAGCAAGUCACCCUCAGAAGACCCUUUUAUCGACCGGCGUCCUUCCACUCAAUCUCAGGAAGACGGCGACUGUGGCUCUUCGAUUUGUAGAUCUCCGACUUAUGCCCUUCAUUCUGGCCAGCUUCUUCACCUGUUCGAAUCAUCUCCCUUCUCAUCGCCGAUCUUGCCUGUAUGGACGUCAUGUCAGGCGAUUUUGCACAACACCCAUCUUCUUCUGACAAGUCAAACUUCGCAAGGAAUCGCGUCGACCGACGUGGUAUCUCUGUCUAAUUGUACGGAUGUACGAUCUGUAUCUACCAAGGACUUAGAUCCUGACGAACGUGAUCUACUGCCUGCCUUCGGACAAGAGACCGCCAGAGUAUUCGAGCUGAUUUUUGAGGGGAAGAAAAGGGAAAGGUUUGCUGCUGCUUCGAUCCAGGCAAGGGCAGGAUGGGUGAGUGCGAUCUGGGACGCUAUUCUUUGUACCCAAGACAAGAGCAUCCAUGAACAUUACCAAGACGAGAUGAAACGAGACUUUCGUGUCGACAUCUCAGAGACACCGACCGUCGACUCGGAUAUUGCAUCUCCUUCCGUCUCUGAAGGGUCCUCUGCGGCUCUCCGCUCACGACUGGGCUGUGAUAUAGACCGCGAUCUUCCUCCACUACCACCACUGAAGAUGUUUACGCCGACGCGUCAGAUACAUCCACAUGACUCAGCGUCACGCUCUGAAGAGAUGCCGAUCACCACUACGCCUACCAGCAGAAUGUCUCCCGGCCCUUCGUCACCCUCUCGCAGGCAGAGCCCAUCCAUCCUCAAUUUAGGUCAGAGGUCUGUAGUUAAGCAACGCCUCGCAGAAAUCCAGACAAACUUCGAGACACCGGUCUCGUCGCCAACUAGCACCUCCGAACUGAGUUCACCUUCGAGAAUAUCAUCACCGUCUAGGCGCAGCACUGGAAAGAGGAGAGCCCUUCGAACGCCUACUGUGACUGAGCUCAUGAAUAGCGUCAGUUCGGAGAACGGGAACUCUGCCGGAGAUUCUGCUAAUAGACUCACCUCACCUGUAUCGGCCAUCUCGGAUUACUCUGGCUUGACGACGCCAAGGCCUAAAUCUGCGUUCCGUAUGCGAGACGAGAUGCGAGCGAUGGAGAGGUCCGGACACCGCAGGUGGGCAGCGGAAUCCGAAGCAACAGAGUUCUGGAGCAUGAAACGCACUACAACUGAUCAGUCGUCCGUGGCAGAGAGGACACUCAUACAACCUUCGGGGAGGGACGGGGCAAGUGUGGUAUUGGAUGCUCUGGACCUGCAUGAAGAAAGGUACCAUGAGCAUGCCUCCGUUUUAGGAGGUCAGAUCUCUGCCCUUCACGGAGACGUUCAAGGCAUCUCCGAAGGCAUCCAGUUGGCCCUCUCGCAGCGUGGAGAAGACUCCGUGCAGAUUGCAGAGAUGAAGACUAUCCUGCAGACAGUCGGUAAUGCGGUAACGCAUAUGCAUCCCACAGAUCUCACCGCAAACGUCGGGAGUGGCACAGGGUCUGAAGGGACACAGGUAAUGGAGGCAUUGGACGAUAUCAGGUCCCGGAUGCAGGACCAUUUUCCCGCUCUUUUGAGAGCGCUUGAAGAGAUUAGGCCAGGAGCCCGGCCUAGCUCAACUAUUCUUCGUAAUGUGUCUCCUUCACUUUCAGAAACGCAAUCCUCGACGGAUACAUCAGCGACGAGCGAGAAGCUGGAUGCUCUGCUCAAUUCAUUCAAGGAGCUCGAGGCGACACGUUUCACGCAAGGCGAGGGCUCUGGGCACAAAACAGUUGAAGAAAUCAUAUCCUUACUCAAAGAUGCUCAGAACCAGCGCAAUGUUCAAAUGGAGCAACAAACAGACAGCGUCCGCUAUCUGAACGAAUUGAAUACGGCACGCAAAUGGCUUGAGGCAUUUGUCAGCACCGGGGCAGCACAGAUUCAGGCUGUCGGUGUUGGUGUCAACAAACUUUGUCAAGAACUGGGCAUCUCAAAUGGGUUGAUUGAUACGACAACCUUAGAGGGGUCGGAAGCCCAGCAUGACGAGUCACGGGCCACAAUCAUCGGAAGUAUACGGGAGCUUCUUGCGGAUACCAAGACGAGGGACCAGGAUAGCAUGAACCUGCAGACCGCGAUCAACGGAUUGAUUGCUGCCCUGAACGAAGACAUGCGCAAGAACGCGGAGAUGCGCAAUGCGUACACCACAGAAUCUGUCAUCGGGUUAAUAGAUCGGCAGAGGCAGGAUCAAGAGAGGAUGUUGAAGGCCUUGGCUGCAGAGUUGUCAAAUGACAUUCGAGGUGAAAGGCUACGAUUCGUCGAAGCCAUGAAGGAAGCCACUGCGAUCAACGUUCAGAUCCAUGUAGAAGAGUUCAAAAAGGAACUCACACGCGAAGUUUUACUCAUGACUCAGGAGGUUGGCCGUCUUCAGCGAGAGAGACAAUCACUGGAGUCGCAAAUUUCGGAUUUGUUUGCUUUCUACGCAAAACAGAAGCAAGCUAUGGGGCUCAAAUUAGCAGAGCGGUGGGUCAGCGGCCCCGAGGCAAUCAUCGCAACCCUCGCCUAA